AUGUUGACCACAGAACUUUGGAAGGUUCGCGUAGCGACCACUAGGGCUACUGUGGGAUCGUCGACGUGGCUAGGUUGCUGUAAGGUGCCGCUACGCUUACGCCUCAUGACGACCUCGAGCCAACCUCUGCGGCCUCACGCUUGCCCUCGCGCGUGGCGCCGCCGCGUCUCUUGA